AACUGCGUAGUCAUGACUCUCGAGUAUUAUAACGUAAUUGGCCAUUGGCUAUGUACGGGGAGACGCCGGCUGACCCUGACCGCCUUUUUUAUUCUCUGUUCUGCCGUCGCCCCUCACCUACUCUUAAUCACCCCGCUGUCUACUCUCAUCAUUUAAUUCAUUCCUACUUUCUGCUUCAUCAUUUCGACCUCCCAAGAUGGCGACCUCCCCCGCCGGCCGCAUGCUGUCCCGUCAACUGCAGCAGAUGCAGUCUGACAAGGACAUUCCCGGGAUCAGCUGUGGUCUGGUCGAUAACAACAUCUUCGAAUGGGAGGUCAUGCUGAUGAUCUCCGACGAUGUAAAAUUAUAUGGAGGUGGUUUUUUUCGAGCUCGCCUUACCUUUCCAAUGGAAUAUCCGCACAUGCCCCCGAAGAUGAAGUUUGAGUCGUCGCUCUUCCACCCAAACAUCUACCCUAACGGCGAAGUCUGUAUUUCCAUUCUCCACCCUCCGGAGGAGGACAAGUACGGCUACGAAUCUGCUGCCGAGCGCUGGUCGCCGGUCCAGACCCCCGAGACUAUCCUACUUUCCGUGAUUUCCAUGCUGUCCAGCCCCAACGACGAGAGCCCUGCCAAUGUGGAAGCCGCCCGGCUGUGGCGAGAGGAUCCCGCUGAGUUCAAGAAGCGGGUACGUCGGUGCGUGCGCGAUAGUCUGGAGGAGUAAACGGGAACGGCAUUGUCUUCUAUUUAUCAUGGUGCAUCUGGAUGGUCAUUUUCUUCAUUAUCCCCGGGACUCAUGAUCGACCUUGGGCUCCAGUCCAUUGUGCUCGGUGUGCUCUCUAAUGCAUGAUAGAGCGAGCGAGA